AUGAACUACAAUAAUAAAAUGGCGUUUGACGAGGAUGACGGUAUGCAAGAUGAUGGAAACGACGAAGAGUAUUCGGAUGAGACGGCCGAAAUCAGUCCGGAUGCGUGGCAAGAAGCAUGCUGGGUUGUGAUCAGUGCUUACUUCGAUGAGAAGGUAAACUUCGGAUUCUUUCUGAUCAAAACUAUUUGCAUGUUUCAGGGUCUCGUGCGACAGCAGCUUGAUUCCUUUGACGAAUUCGUUCAAAUGAACGUACAAAGAAUCGUUGAAGAUUCUCCACCAGUCGAACUUCAAUCGGAAAACCAGCAUCUUGGCAACGACAUGGAAAAUCCCGCCAAAUUCUCUUUGAAAUUCAACCAAAUCUAUCUAUCAAAACCAACUCACUGGGAAAAAGAUGGAGCUCCAAUGCCAAUGAUGCCAAACGAAGCACGUCUCCGUAAUCUAACAUACGCAUCACCACUUUACGUCGAUAUCACCAAAGUAGUGACGCGAGACGAAUCAGUGAACGAGAAGGUCUACGAGAAAGUAUUCGUCGGAAAAGUUCCAGUUAUGCUCCGAUCCAGUUAUUGCAUGUUAUCGAACAUGACAGAUCGUGAUCUAACAGAGCUUAACGAAUGUCCACUUGAUCCUGGAGGUUAUUUUGUUAUCAACGGUUCGGAAAAAGUGCUUAUCGCUCAAGAGAAAAUGGCUACAAAUACAGUUUACGUAUUCUCAAUGAAAGACGGAAAGUAUGCGUUCAAAACUGAGUGCCGGUCUUGUUUGGAAAAUUCGUCCCGUCCGACAUCUACAAUGUGGGUUAACAUGCUCGCUAGGGGAGGUGGAGGAGGAAAGAAGACGGCAAUGGGACAGCGAAUCAUCGGUAUUUUGCCUUAUAUCAAACAAGAAAUCCCUAUCAUGAUUGUCUUCCGUGCUUUGGGAUUCGUUUCGGAUCGUGAUAUUCUGGGCCAUAUUAUCUAUGACUUCGAAGACCCAGAAAUGAUGGAAAUGGUCAAGCCUUCUUUGGACGAAGCAUUUGUUAUUCAGGAACAAAAUGUUGCUCUUAAUUUCAUCGGAGCUCGUGGUGCCAAACCAGGAGUCACUAGAGAACAGAGAAUUAAGUACGCUCGAGAAAUUCUUCAGAAGGAAUUAUUGCCUCACGUUGGAGUUUCCGAACAUUGCGAAACUAAGAAAGCGUUUUUCAUCGGAUAUAUGGUGCACAGACUUCUUUUGGCCGCACUUGGUCGUCGUGAACUCGAUGAUCGUGAUCAUAUUGGAAACAAAAGACUUGACUUAGCUGGACCUCUGCUUGCUUUCCUUUUCCGUGCGCUUUUCCGGAAUUUGUUGAAAGAGAUGAGAAUGACGGCUCAAAAGUAUAUCAACAAGAACGACGAUUUCGCUCUCGAUGUUUGUGUCAAAACUUCUACCAUCACUCGUGGACUCGCCUAUUCUUUGGCUACCGGAAACUGGGGAGAUCAGAAGAAAGCCCAUCAGUCUCGCGCUGGUGUCUCUCAAGUACUCAAUCGGCUCACCUACACUGCUACGCUUUCUCAUUUGCGUCGUGCGAACUCUCCCAUCGGUCGUGAAGGAAAGCUUGCUAAACCUCGUCAAUUGCACAACACUCAAUGGGGAAUGGUCUGUCCUGCUGAGACUCCAGAAGGACAGGCUGUCGGCUUGGUGAAAAAUCUCGCACUCAUGGCCUAUAUUUCUGUUGGUUCUCUUCCCGAACCGAUUUUGGAAUUCUUGGAGGAAUGGUCUAUGGAAAAUCUCGAAGAAGUAUCUCCAUCUGCAAUCGCGGACGCUACAAAGAUCUUUGUGAAUGGUGCAUGGGUGGGAAUCCAUCGUGAACCUGAGCUUUUGAUGGAUACAUUGAAAAAAUUACGUCGUCAAAUGGAUAUUAUCGUUUCCGAAGUAUCGAUGGUUCGCGACAUCCGAGACCGAGAAAUUCGAAUCUAUACAGAUGCUGGAAGAGUUUGUCGUCCACUGCUCAUCGUUGAGAAGCAAAAACUAGCAUUGAGAAAAAGACACAUAGAUCUGUUGAAAGAUGUAGAUGAAACGAAGAAGUACACAUGGUCUGAUCUGGUGGGUAAUGGAGUAGUAGAACUGAUUGAUUCGAUGGAAGAAGAAACAUCAAUGAUCGCCAUGAUGCCAGAAGAUUUGAGAAGUGGUGGAUAUUGUGAUACGUACACUCAUUGUGAAAUCCAUCCAGCUAUGAUUCUUGGUGUGUGCGCAUCAAUCAUUCCAUUCCCGGAUCACAAUCAAUCUCCUCGUAACACCUACCAGAGCGCUAUGGGUAAACAAGCUAUGGGAGUUUACACAACAAACUUCCAUGUUCGAAUGGACACACUCGCACACGUUCUCUACUAUCCUCAGAAGCCACUUGUCACAACCAGAUCAAUGGAAUAUCUGAGAUUCAACGAACUUCCUGCUGGAAUCAACGCUAUCGUUGCAAUCCUCUCUUAUUCUGGAUACAAUCAGGAAGAUUCCGUCAUUAUGAACAACUCGGCUAUCGACAGAGGACUCUUCCGCUCCGUUUUCUAUCGUUCAUACCGUGAUAACGAAGCAAACAUUGACAACGCCAACGAAGAACUCAUCGAGAAACCAACUCGCGAGAAGUGUUCUGGCAUGAGACAUUCUCUGUACGAUAAACUCGACGAAGACGGAAUCAUCUCACCGGGAAUGCGUGUUUCUGGAGAUGAUGUGAUUAUCGGAAAGACUGUUGCUCUGCCAGAUAUUGACGAUGAUUUGGAUGCGACCGGAAAGAAAUACCCGAAGAGAGAUGCUUCCACAUUUUUGAGAAGUUCAGAGACUGGAAUUGUCGAUCAGGUUAUGCUCUCGCUCAACAACGAUGGUAACAAGUUCGUGAAAAUUCGAAUGCGUUCAGUCCGACUUCCACAAAUUGGAGACAAGUUUGCCUCUCGUCACGGACAGAAGGGUACUAUGGGAAUCAUGUAUCGCCAGGAAGAUAUGCCUUUCACUGCUGAAGGUCUUACUCCGGACAUCAUCAUUAAUCCUCACGCAGUUCCAUCUCGUAUGACAAUUGGUCACUUGAUCGAAUGCUUACAGGGUAAGCUUUCGGCUAACAAAGGAGAAAUUGGUGAUGCAACACCGUUCAAUGACACAGUUAACGUACAAAAGAUCUCUGGACUUCUUUGUGAGUACGGCUAUCAUCUCCGUGGUAACGAAGUGAUGUACAACGGCCAUACUGGAAAGAAGUUGACAACUCAAAUCUUCUUCGGUCCAACAUACUAUCAACGUCUCAAGCAUAUGGUCGACGACAAGAUUCACUCGCGUGCACGUGGUCCAAUUCAGAUGAUGAACCGUCAACCUAUGGAAGGAAGAGCUCGUGAUGGAGGUCUUCGUUUCGGAGAGAUGGAGCGCGAUUGUCAAAUUUCCCACGGAGCCACUCAAUUCCUUCGAGAACGUCUCUUCGAAGUUUCUGAUCCAUACCACGUGUAUGUGUGUAACAACUGCGGUCUGAUCGUCGUCGCUAACUUGAGAACGAACAGUUUCGAGUGCAAGGCUUGUCGUAACAAAACACAAGUGUCAGCAGUUCGUAUUCCUUAUGCUUGCAAGCUGCUCUUCCAAGAACUGAUGUCAAUGUCGAUUGCUCCGAGGCUUAUGGUGAAGCCACAGGGGCCCAAGCGAUCCGCAAAGCAACACUCAGAAGCCUGA